AUGAAUCCGACUGACCAGUGGGUUGAGCAUCAACGCGAACUCACCUCGGCCACUGAAUCAUCCCACACAACAGCAAACUAUGUCAAUCAGUCCACAUCGGACGCUGUCCCUCACCUGGUCCUACGAGUUCGUUUGGAAUGUGAGCAGUACUUCUACGGUCUGGACUGCGGUCAGUUCUGUCAACCGAUGCGUGGUCCACAUGGGAAUUUUAUUUGUGAUCCUGAGACCGGAACACAACAAUGCCUUCCUGGCUGGACUGGUGAAAGAUGUACACAAGGCGGUUCUUGUGAGGUUCAACCAGAUUCUGGACAAUUAAUUUGUCACUGUCCACCGGGAUUUACGGGUAUACAAUGCGACGAAAUAAUGUCUGGAAACAUCACAGAUGAGUACCCAAGUCCGGACCUCGAAGAACAAACCUCGAACCAAACACAGCCGAUCCCGCUAAAUUCACUCACAUUUUUGAGCAAUGUGUAUCGUUCCUCUCUGAUGCUUUUCUUGCUCACAUUUGUCCUCCUAUUGUGCGUCGCAAUUCUCGCACACUGUAUACGCUCUUAUCAUCAUCAUCAGACGAAACCACGUUACGUGCAUCAGUCCCAACUCACCUAUCCCCAUAUUGCAAACAAUCUGUCCGCUGAAAUUGUACGCAACCCGAUGCACGCGAACUACGAAGAGAAAGCACUGCACUCGUUGGAUUGGACUCGAUCCGAACGCGCACAAACAGUCACUGUGUUCUCAUCAAAAUGUACCCCAAAUUUGGAUAAAGUGCUUCUCAUACAGAAUGUUUUCAAAUCUAAAUAUCCUCCCCUCCCCGAAUCGUAUCCGACCUCGGAUAAUAUGUUUAACGGUUUUGCAACUCGUUCCGGAUGUCGUGCUCAGUCCAAACCACAGCUGACUGGAUGGUUUUCAGGGCAAAUUCGACCAUUCACGAUUCGGCUCUCGUUGCCUUCGCAGCCAGAUCGAUCCAGUUCUGUUUGA